CUCUCUCUCUCUCUCUCUCUCUCGUCCCGCGCGACCUCCAUGAUAGAACCACCUGUUCUAUCUCGGCGAAGGAGGCCAAGUAGCAAUCGAACCUCCAAGAAGGUCAGGCUUGUUUGCAGCUUCAAUGAUUCGUUCCAGACCAGACCGCCCUCGGGAAAGCUUCAGCACCCGGGCGUUGAGAACCGAAUAAUCUCCGUCGACCGCUCCAUCGGCUUCUCAAAGCUCCGGUCUAGGAUUUCGGAUCUUCUCCCCACCUCCCGCUCUCUUUCCUUCUCCAUCAAAUACCAGCUUCCCCAAAGCACCUCCACUGACGUCCCUAUCCUCGUCUCCGUCGCCUCCGACGACGACGUUCACUGCAUGAUGGAAGAGUACGACAAGCUCGAGCUGUACGGUAAGCACACCAGGCUUUGGCUCUUCGUUUGUACCGAUGAUAACGACAACGUCAGUGGCUUUGAUGAGGUGGGCGGUAAUUUUCUUGUGACUUGUUCGGAAAGUGACUGUGUGUGUGGGAAAAACAUGGUUUGUCGUGUGAAGAGUGUCAGUGGUUUUGAGGCUCCAAGCUGUGAGAGUGAGAACCAUAUUUCUGGAGGAGGUCAGUUCGAUGGUAAGGUGGCCAAGAAUGUAGUGACAUAUGGGGAUGAUUCGCUUCGGAAAAAGGUGUUGAAAGAACAGUUGUUAGCAAAACAUUCGGAUUAUAUUGAUGGGACCGCAUGUGGUAUUUCUAGUAGGGAGAACCAGAAAUGUGAUCCACCAUUGAUAGAUCUGGCCCCUGAGCCCCAAGUUUCAACGAGAUGUAAUAGUAUGAAUCGUGGUUUUGAGGACCGUUAUAGAGUUGAUAUGCUAGGUAAUAAAAUAGGGAGCAUCAAAUUGCCGGAGAGUGAGAAUUAUGGGAAUCCACUUGAGUUUCCGGAUUCUCACUUGCAUCCUCUGUAUCAAUGUGUGGAGACUAGCAGUUCUGUGCCCUUUUUUUCAGGGCAGUAUAGACUUUUAGGGUGUAACGUGGUUGGGGUGAAUGCUGCGGUCUCUAGUCAGACAGUUGCAACCGCAGGAAGAUUUUCAAGGCAAUCGAAUGGUCCCUGUAUGGGUUCGACUUGUAAUGGUAGCAAUGCUAGUCAAGAGUUGGGGAAUAUUGAGCAGGCUCUGAGGAGUAUAUUGAACAGGGAGAACAUUAUGCCAAGGGAGGCCAAUUGUCAUCUGUGUAAUGAUCAUUGGCUUAGGAGUGCUUAUCCUCUGAGGUCUUCGUGUAUAGGUGAAAGCUUUUCGGGUGGCUUACAUCGCGGCAUACGUAACCUUAGGUUUGGUGUAUAUGAUACUAGAAAUCAGCGAAUUAGUUCAUACCAUGUACGUAACCAUAGGCACAAUCCAGUCGAGAUGGGUAGCCAUCGGACUGUUAAAUUGGAUGGAAGAAUUCCCGUGGGGAAGUUCUACCAUGGGCUGAGACCGAAUUCGAUCAUCUCAAAGCAGGGUCAGUCUCUGAGGUUUUGUUAUCCCAAUUUUUUCAAACCGUGGUCUGGUUUCUCUGACCAAGCAUUAGAAGGAAGGACGAACACGAUGGAUCCUGUCUUCAAUGAAGUGAUUCCAUCUAUUACUGUCCAGUAUGGAAAUGAGAAAUUAAGAGAGCAGGAUGGCCCUGAAAUUUCACAAUACAGAGAAUGCAGUCCUGAGGAAUCUCAUUUAGCUUACCAUGGUUCAUGUGCCCGUAGUGAGAGUCCUUUGUCACCUGUGAUGACUGUUGACGGUCGGGAAAAUCUCUCCACUUGUUCUAAUUGUAUGGAGCCGUAUCAAGCUCUGUAUGAAAGUUUUCAUGGAAUAUCCGCAAGUUGGCAGCCCAUUGCUUGUGAUCUUGAGAAGAAACCGCUCCUUAUUGAUGAACAGAAGGUGAUCAACAUCUCAAGUCUUUCAAAUAACACAGGUCACAGCAAUGAAACAGUAUUCGGGUGCAAUAAUAAGCGACAAGGUGUGGAAGCAGGCUUUAGCUCAUCGAUCAGUUAUAGAAAUGGCUCUGAUAACUUUCAAGGUGGAGUUGCAUCUUCUAUGAAUGUUUGUUUUUAUAACCUUUCAUUGUCAUCAUCCAAAGAAAUCGAACAUUCUGCUCUCUUGUCUCAUGGUACCAGCAAUGUUAUUGACGAUUUGCUAAUACAUCGAUCAAAACUUGUGGAUCUUAUGGGUGAAGGACAAUUAAGCACCCAUGCCCAAGUUGAUGAAUCAAAUGGAUUUGCACCUAAUUCUUCCUCGCAGAAUGAAGACAAAAUGGCUAAGGAUCACGUCAAUGAAGAUGAUGUUCACCAAUACCCUUCAUCUGGUUCAAGUGUUGAUGAAAAUGCUGACAAUAAUGAAAGUCGCAAGUGCUCUAAGGUAACUGGUGGAAUCACUAGUGAGCUGGCUGUAUUUUAUACUCAUCUAGCCAGGAGAGAGCUUCAGACUAUUAGAAAUACUGACCUUGAAUAUAUAAGGGAGCUUGGUUCAGGCACAUAUGGAACUGUUUUCUAUGGAAAAUGGAAGGGCUCUGAUGUUGCCAUUAAGAGGAUAAAUACAAGUUGCUUCACUGAAGUCUCCUUGGAAAAGGACCGAUUGGUUGCAGACUUCUGGAAGGAAGCUCACAUCCUGGGUGAGCUUCACGAUCCAAAUAUUUUGGCAUUUUAUGGAGUAGUUACAGACGGACCCAUGACAAAUUUGGCAACAGUGACAGAAUACAUGGUCAGUGGUUCCCUGAAACAAGUUUUACGAAGAAAAGAUCGGUAUGGUGCUCAUCUUGUUUUAAUGGUGUAA